GACAGUUCCCAGCACGCCGUGCGGCUGAGGGGGGCUGCGCACGCGCGGCCGCUGGAAGCUUCCAGGCGGCCGGCGCGAGGCAUUGUGGGCAGGAGACGGUGAGCUUCCUGGGCGCCAUUUUACGGAGCGGCAGAGAAGCAUCGGCGGAGCUUGGGAGUCGGAUCGUCUGUGUGCCGGACUGGGAGUCAAGCUGCCCGUGGGACCAUGGGCUCCGAUAAACGUGUGAGUAGGACUGAACGAAGUGGAAGGUAUGGCUCUAUCAUAGAUCGGGAGGAUCGGGAGGAUCGGGACUUUAGAAGCAGGCGAAGGGAUUCUGAUUACAAGAGAUCGAGUGAGGAGCGCAGGAGCGAGAGAUAUGAUGACAGUCGGGACUAUGACAGUCGGGACUAUGACAGUCGGGACUAUGACAGCCCUGAGAGGGAUAGGGAGAGGGAGCGUGAGAGACGGAAUAGCGAUAAAUCAGAAGAUGGGUACCAUUCUGAUGGUGACUAUGGAGAGCAUGACUACAGGAAUGACAUUAAUGAUGAGAAAGAAAGCAAGACCAUCAUGUUGCGUGGCCUUCCUAUCACUGUUACAGAAAACGAUAUUCGAGAGCUUAUUGAGUCCUUCGAAGGCCCUCAGCCUGCAGACGUGAGGCUGAUGAAAAGAAAGACAGGUGUAAGCCGUGGUUUCGCCUUCGUGGAGUUUUAUCACUUUCAAGAUGCUACCAGCUGGAUGGAAGCCAAUCAGAAAAAACUGGUGAUUCAGGGGAAGCAGAUUGCAAUGCACUACAGCAACCCAAGGCCUAAAUUUGAAGACUGGCUUUGUAACAAGUGCUGCCUUUACAACUUCAGGAGAAGGUUAAAAUGCUUCCGCUGUGGAGCAGAUAAAUUUGAUUCAGAACAGGAGGUACCACCCGGAUCAGCAGAAGCUGUUCAGUCUGUGGAUUACUACUGUGAUACCAUCAUUCUACGAAACAUAGCUCCCCACACAGUAGUGGAUUCCAUCAUGACCGCACUGUCUCCAUAUGCUUCGCUGGCAGUCAAUAACAUUCGCCUUAUCAAAGACAAGCAGACCCAGCAGAAUCGGGGCUUUGCAUUUGUGCAGCUGUCUUCUGCAAUGGAUGCAUCUCAAUUGUUGCAGAUUUUACAGAGUCUUCAGCCACCAUUGAAAAUUGAUGGCAAAACAAUUGGUGUUGAUUUUGCAAAGAGUGCCAGAAAAGAUUUGCUUCUCCCAGAUGGUAACCGGGUCAGCGCCUUCUCUGUGGCAAGCACAGCCAUCGCUGCAGCUCAGUGGUCAUCCACCCAGCCUCAUAGCGGAGAAGGAGGCACCAUUGACUACAGCUACCUCCAGCCAGGGCAAGAUGGUUAUACCCAGUAUGCGCAGUACUCGCAAGACUACCAGCAGUACUACCAGAGUCAAGCUGGAGCGUUGGACACAGAAGCAUCUAUUAUAUCAGGUGCUCCAGUUACCACCACAACAGCAGCUGUCGUAUCCCAGAGUCCUCAGCUAUAUAAUCAACAGCCCAACUCACCUGACUCUCCGACUCAAACAGCACAGCCUAGCACCAGCACCCAGGCACAGUCAGCUUCUCCAACUGGUGUGGUCCCUGGCACCAAAUAUGCUGUCCCUGACACCUCUACCUACCAAUACGAUGAGUCUUCAGGAUAUUAUUAUGAUCCUAUAACAGGGCUCUAUUAUGAUCCUAACUCCCAGUAUUACUACAAUGCCCUAACCCAGCAGUAUCUUUACUGGGAUGGUGAGAAAGAGACCUACAUGCCUGCUGCAGAGGGUAUAACAUACCAGCAAACUAGUGCACCUUCCAGCAAAGAAGGGAAGGAGAAGAAAGAGAAACCCAAGAGUAAAACCGCUCAGCAGAUUGCUAAAGACAUGGAACGCUGGGCAAAGAGUUUGAACAAACAGAAAGAGAACUUUAAGAAUAGCUUCCAGCCACUCUGCUCCAGGGAAGAAGAGAGGAGGGAAUCAGCAGCAGCAGAUGCUGGCUUUGCCCUUUUCGAGAAAAAGGGCACUUUGUCUGAGAGACAGCAGGUCAUGCCAGAGGUGGUAAAGAAUGGAGAGGAGGAGAAUCCACUCAAACGUGGCCUGGUGGCUGCCUACAGUGGAGAUAGUGAUAAUGAAGAGGACCUGCUGGAAAGAAUCGAGAAUGAGGAAGAGAAGCUGACUGACUGGAAGAAGCUGGCCUGUCUGCUGUGUAGGAGGCAGUUUCCAAACAAAGAUGCCUUGGUCCGACACCAGCAGCUCUCUGACCUGCACAAGCAAAACAUGGAUAUCUACAGGAGAUCUAGGCUGUCAGAGCAGGAACUUGAAGCAUUGGAGCUGCGCGAGAGAGAGAUGAAAUACAGAGACAGAGCUGCUGAACGGCGGGAGAAGUACGGCAUCCCAGAACCCCCUGAGCCGAAGCGCAAGAAGGUGUUUGAUGCUGGCACAGUGAAUUAUGAGCAACCCACUAAAGAUGGCAUUGACCAUAGUAAUAUUGGCAACAAAAUGCUCCAGGCCAUGGGCUGGAGGGAAGGUUCAGGACUCGGAAGGAAAUGUCAGGGUAUCACAGCUCCCAUUGAGGCUCAAGUGCGCAUGCGAGGAGCUGGCUUGGGAGCCAAGGGGAGUUCUUAUGGAGUCUCCACGGCCGACUCAUACAAGGAUGCAGUGCGGAAAGCCAUGUUUGCUCGCUUCACUGAGAUGGAAUGAUGAGUUCCACACCCUCGAGGCUUACAAGCCAGCAAAGCACUUGACUUGUCUGUUACCUGGAACUGACUGUUAAACCCUGUGACCUUGGUGGCAGUGCCAUGUUCUGAGUAUGGGUUAGGAUUAACCAUUUCAUUCCCUUGGACUGUCUUCCCUUCCAGCAUGUAACUUCCAUGAUGGAUUGUCUGAAUUGCUAUACCUUCAUGCUGGAAAACUUGUGGCCAGACCAAAGGGGAUGCUGCAUCUUUAUACAUUCUUGUAUAUAGUGUAACAUAAUGUACUUUGAUUUCGGAGUGCGUAGUGUCCAUGUCACUCCAGGCCUCUGGAGCAGGUGAGAGAUGUGUUAGCUGUGGUUUGACACUCUCUCCUCUCCUUUGUUGUAUUGUCUCGUUUUGUUGGCACAACUUUCCUGUACAUUUUGUAUGAUAUACCUUUGUAUAGAUUUUUUUGAAGAUUUUGAUUCUAGUUGCCGGUUUUGGCUCCUUUCCAGAAGAAAAACACUCAAAACUGA